AUGAUAUUUCUGUCUUUAUGGUUUUAAGAUCCAUUUUUCGGUUUUUUCAAAAUUUAUUCAGAUCAGUAAAAUACAGUAUUAUGGGGGACUGCGCAGAUGCAAAAUUAGUUAGUCAAGUUACGGUGCCACCAAUACCGAAACUUGGCGACAUGCACAUGUACUGGGUUUGGCGAAUGCUGAUUAAAUCAUAUCUGAAUGCUAUAGGUCUUUGGUCUGGAAAUCACCCCAAGGAGAGCGCCCACACAAAGUUUGUGCUGCUGAGCACGUUGGAAAUAUGGGUUGUAAGAAAGGAGUACGAUGACAUGAGCAGCAGAUCCAUUUUCGAAGAUCUCGAGGAACGAUAUGCUGUCACUAACAAUAACAAACGAGAUUCUAUGUACAGUAUUUAAUGGCUGCCUGGAUUACUACUGUAGUGUAAUAAAUUUCAAGUUCCAUAAAUAUUUAAAUAUAUUUAUACAUUU